AUGGUCCGCAUGCACUCAUCCGCCGCCGGCGUACUCGCUCUGCUUUCAGAGCCGGAGCCUCUGCUCCGCGAACACGCCCUCAGGUCUCUCAAUGGCCUCGUUCCCCAAUUUUGGGCAGAAAUAUCCGAGCAGAUUGAACUCAUCGAGUCGCUGCAUGAGAGCGAGGAGCUCUCCGCUGACGCACGGAACUCUGCUGCCUUGCUCGCAAGCAAAGUCUAUUACUACCUUGGAGAGUACGAUGAAGCCCUGUCGUUCGCUUUGAGUGCGGGCAGCGCAUUCGAAGCCGAGGGGCGCACUCCUGGAGUAGAGGAGUAUGUCGAGACAGUCAUCUCCAAGGCUAUUGACCGUUACGUCGAGGCCAGGUCAAAAGAGGAAAGUGGUGGUGAGAAGAUUGACUCCAAGCUGCAAGGUAUCAUUGAGGGCAUUCUGCACCGAUGUAUCAACGAAGGCGAAUACAGACAGGCGAUUGGUAUUGCCCUCGAAUCUCACCGUCUCGAUAUUGUCGAGGAUAUUUACAAGAAAACUCGCGACGUUUCUCUCCUCUCUUAUGCUAUGGAUGCUGUCCUCGAUACCGGUUUCUCCCUCUCGUAUCGCGAUGAGGUCCUCAAGUCCCUUCUCCCUCUCUUCCCACUCCCAUCUAGCAAGGACCGUUCGACGCAUGUCCACUCCGUUACCCGUUUGCUCGUGUCACUUGGAUCAGCAGAGCUCACUAUCCCCUUUCUCACCUCGUUCGUACCCGGCGACAAGCUUUUGGCAUACCAGCUCGCGUUUGACCUCGUUGAGGGCGGUGCACAGGACUUUCUGGAGAGCAUCCGCAGCGAACUCCCAGAAGGCAGCGGGGAGGCGAAGGAGAUCUACGACCGCAUUCGUGAGAUCCUGGCAGGCCAGGAGUCUGUCAAGCUCUACCUCGAGUUUUUGAAGAGGAAUAACAAGACUGACAUGCUGAUCCUGAAGCACUCCAAGGAUUUCUUAGAAGGCCGCUCAUCUAUCUAUCAUAAUGCACUCACACUGCAGAACGCUUUCAUGCACGCAGGUACCACGUCAGAUACCUUCCUUCGUGAAAACCUCGAGUGGCUCGCACUUGCAUCGAACUGGGCAAAAUUCAGCGCGACGGCAGGGCUUGGCGUUAUUCACAAGGGUCACUUCGCGGAGGGCAUGAACAUCCUUGGACCGUAUCUUCCUCAGCAAGGAGUCGAGAGCGGCAUUCCUGGCGCCGUCUUUUCCGAAGGUGGUGCAUUGUUUGCCCUUGGACUUAUCAACGCAGGCUGUGGAAGCGGCCGUCAGGUCGAAGGUUAUCUCCGCGAGACUCUUCGGUCAGCACAACACGAGGUUGUUCAGCACGGGGCUGCUCUUGGCCUUGGCAUCGCAGGCAUGGGCGGCAAGAACGUGGAUGCAUAUGAGGACCUGAAGCAGACGCUUUUCAACGACUCUGCAGUUUCGGGAGAGACAGCUGGUUACGCCAUGGGUCUCGUUAUGCUUGGCACUGGCGACGCUACUUAUGCUGAUGAAAUGCUUACGUAUGCUCGCGAGACGCAACACGAGAAGAUCAUCCGUGGGCUUGCAGUUGGCCUUGCCUUUUUAUACUACGGACGACAAGAGCAGGCUGACGCCAUGGCAAACGAGCUGCUCGGUGAUAAGGCUGAUCCGAUUCUCCGCUAUGGUGGUGUCUACACUUUGGCGCUAGCCUAUGCUGGCACCUCUGACAACACCGCUAUCCGCAAGCUGCUCCAUGUCGCUGUCUCAGACACCUCGGACGAUGUCCGCCGGGCGGCAGUCACAACACUAGCCUUCCUCCUUUUCAAGAAUCCCUCGCAAGUACCACGCAUCGUACAGCUUCUCAGCGAGAGCUACAACCCUCAUGUCCGAUGCGGCGCCACCCUUGCCCUUGGUAUCGCUUGCGCAGGAACCGGCCUCCAGGAUGCCAUCGACAUUCUCGAACCCAUGACCAAGGAUAGCAUCGACUUCGUCCGCCAGGGUGCCUACGUUGCUCUUGGUAUGAUUCUCGUGGAACAGUCAGAGGCGGUUUCGCCAGCGAUCGCCUCUGUCCGCCAGGCGUAUAACAAGGUCAUUGGCAACAAGCACGAGGACCCUAUGGCCCGCUUCGGUGCCACCCUUGGACAAGGUCUCAUCGAUGCCGGUGGACGUAACGUCACCAUUACCCUGCAGAGUCGUGCUGGAAGCCGCAAGACGAGUGCCAUUGUUGGCAUGGUCCUCUUCUGUCAAUUCUGGUACUGGUACCCGUUGGCCCACUGCGCUUCACUGGCGUUUGAGCCGACCGGGAUUAUUGGCCUUGACGCGACCUUACACGCACCGAAAUUCGAAUUCUUGUCGAAUGCGAAGCCGAGCUUGUUCGCGUAUCCACAGCCGAUGCAGACACCAAAGAAGGAGGCGAUCACUAAAGUAGCGACGGCAGUCUUGUCAACCACUGCCAAGGCUAAGGCUAGGGAGAAGAAGAAAGCAGCUGCAGAGGGCGAGACCGUAGACGCAAAAGAUACAGACGUCGAGAUGAAGGUGGACGACUCUGCGGCAACAGACAAGCAUGGGGACGUGUCACCUCUCUCGGGCUCUAUCUCCAACCUUCCCGAGUCCUCGAGUUCACCAGAGCCUAACUUCCAGAAGCUGUUUAACUUCUCUCGUGUCACACCUGCGCAGAUGGCGUAUGUUACCUUCCCAUCAGACUCUCGGUACCAACCGGUGCGCGCUGUGUCAGCACAUCCUCCGCGAAAGGGUCACGCAACGCCGAGCUCGCUUGCGAAUCUCGAGAAAUUUGGCGGAGGGGGAGGUAUCCUCAUUCUUGCGGACCAGCAAUCGGAGCAGCCGCCCGAGUACAUCGAGUUUACGACACAAGCAACCGCUGCCCAGCAAGACCUGGCUAGCUUCGACCGGCACAUAUCUCUAGAAGAGAAUGCUCCAGAAGCCGAUCCUCCAGAACCCUUCGAGUAUCCCUUUGACCAAGAUACGUGA